CUGGCCAAGCUAAGUGAGUUUAGGGUGGAGAGAGGGUUGCAGUUAGGAGCAUUGUUCGAAGAGGCAUCAGCAUUGAUUGCACCCACAAGUUACGUGGAGCCAAUGUGCAAUCCGCCGUCGGACACACCGAUCCCUCACCCCACUCAGUGUGCCCAAUACUACAACUGUAGUGCGCCCGACAACUAUUUAUACGGCCGCUACACCAUGACGAAGAAGUUAUUUGAAUGUCCCUACCCGCAGUUGUUCAAUCCUGAUACAGAUAGAUGUGAGCACUACAGCAUGGUCCAGUGCGGCAACAGAACAGAGCCCCUGUGGAGAUGUGAAUAUGACCGAUCCAAGUGUUUUGCCAGAGGCUGUGGGAUUCCGUGUCAAGCCUUCAACCCCAACUGCAGAAACCUCCCCGAUGGCCCCAAUGCGGACAGGAAUAAAAUCGGCUCUCCCUCCUACAUUGUGUGCCUUAAUCAGAGAUUGAUCUACACUGGCAUUUGCCAAAGAAACGGAUUUGGGCCAACAUUCUUUGACGAAGUAUUGCUUGUCUGCAGAUACAUAAACGACGUGAACCCCAUUUGCUUGACGAAGAGGCAGCCGCUGAUACCCCACCCAACUGAAUGUGCCCAGUACUACAACUGUACCACACCCGCCAUGAAACACUACUGGGAGGCUAACCUACAGGAAUGUCCCUACCCGCAGCUGUACGACCCUGGAACUGAAACAUGUGAGCACUACACCACAGUCCAGUGCGGCAACAGAACAGAGCCCCUGGGGAAGUGUGAGUAUCUUGUGGGAAGGGACUCUGGGAUGGCAUGUUUUGCCAACAACCCCAGCUGCAGGAACCUCCCUGACGGCCUCAACGCCUACGAACAUUGCCCCAAUUCUCCAAAAUACAUUGUGUGCGUAAGUCAGCGAUUGGUCUACACUGGCGUGUGCAACAACAAAACGGGGACAUCCAUCUUUGAUGCAAAAUUGCGUGCCUGCAGGUGAUCGAAAAACGCUGCUGUUAAAAUUAAAGAAUUCAUCAAUCAA